AUGACGACCAUCAAGUGGGUUGAGGAAACCAAUAAUCCGCUGCCACAAGUAGUGGUCUACUCAGCCCCUGAGGCCGUUGUCAUUCCAAUGACAGACCUCGGGAUCGGCAAAGGCGGUAAUGACGGCACCAGGGAGAACGAAAUACUUCACUCGGUCCAUGUGGGUGAUGAUGCCGCCUCGACUAUCGGUGUUGAGAAAGUCUCACGUCUUUGGAACUGGAAGGCAAUGAUCGGUAUAUGCAUAGGCCUUCUUACUCUCGCCAUCGUGGUUCCUCUCACGGUCACACUGUCCAUCAAGAAUCACACGUCUGGUCCAGGCAACGCUGAGAACCUUGCGACUUCAACCGCCACAUCAUCGUCACCUUCUUCCACGGCUACCUCUCUGACCUCGCCCCCAGCUCCAUCCUCUACUCUGAAGCCGAUUCCCGAGUGUGUUAAGUCCAAGUUCAUCCGAGAAGUCAACUGGAUCGGUAUCGAUGAGGGUGGCGGCGGCUGGGUGUUCAACCUGCACCCGGCCAAAAGCGCUCAGGAUUGCUGCACAAUCUGCCAUCUUGGAACUCCUGACGGCUGCAAUGGGUGGCUUUACAUACCAGAGAUUUCAUCGACGCCUUCAUGUUCCAUUAUUCACGGCUUCGACGGCCCGAGCGACAGUGAGUCCUGCCCGAAGGGCCAUCCAGACAUCGUCUUUACAAAGACGGGAGAUAAGGACAGCUAUGGUGGACCGGGGCCCUGCUCAGGCUCAGUGCGUGGAUAA